AUGGGGCAGACUGAGAUAUCUCAUUCAAGCAAUGAGAUAAAUCGAACAUAUCCAACCGCCGACCAUACAAUCUUAGCUACCACCUACACGACAACACCGACAGAAGGGUCCCCAUCACCCGCGUCUUCGGACAUCCGCCAGCAGGAUGAAGAACGAAAGGCUGAGAAUCAUGAUAUUCCCGAUGGUGGUCUCGUGGCCUGGACCCAGGUACUGACAGGGCAUUUGGUUGUAUUCAACAUUUGGGGCUAUAUCACAUCCUAUGGAUUCUUCCAAGAAUACUACGUCAACCAUCUCCAUGUCAGUCCAGCCAAUGCCUCUUGGAUUGGAUCCCUGCAGAUGUUCCUGGUCCAUUUCCUGGCUAUGUUCUCCGGUCGAACCAUGGACGCCGGCUAUCUGCGGUACUGUAUUGCGACUGGCUGCGUAUUCCAGGUUGUGGGAGCCCUUGCAACCUCCUUUGGCACAAAGCUGUGGCAUUUCUGGCUAGCGCAGGGCAUUGUCAGUGGCAUUGGCCACGGACUCUUGUUCAGCCCAAUGAUCGCCCUCUUCGCGACAUACUUCACCUCAAAACGGGUGAUGGCUGUCUCACUGGCUGCCUGUGGAGCAGCCACGGGGGGAAUGGUGUUCCCUGUGAUUGCAUACAGAUGCUUCGACGUUAUUGGAUUUGCGUGGACGGUCCGAAUCAUGGCGCUCGUCAUCCUAGUCAACUGUGUCAUCAUUGUCACUUUCACCCGGUCGAGAAUUAAGCCUCGCAGUCCCCCUCCCUGGGUGGAUUUGGGUGCGUUCCGCGAACGCCCUUACCUCCUUUUUUCAAUCGGCUCGUUUUUGAUUUUCGAAGGGAUCUAUUUUGCAUACAUCUAUGUCCGACAAUACGCCCAGGCGCACGCAGGAUUCCAUGCGUCGGACUCGCUCCUCCUUUUAAUUCUGAUGAAUGGAAUAGGCAUCCCUUCUCGAAUUGUAUCUGCAUUCGUGGCAGAUCGGUGGCUGGGGGCCGUGAGAACCUGCAUUACAGUUUCUAUCCCUUGCGGCAUUGUCAUCUUUGGGUGGAUUGGAGCUCACACCCAUACUGGCAUGUUUGUCUGGGCUGCUAUCUAUGGACUGAUGGCCAAUGCUGUACAAAGUCAACUCCCUGCUGCCCUUGCAUACUUCGGCUCGAAGGACCCGGAAAGGUCAGGCACGCGUGUCGGGAUGAUCACCACAAUCAACAGUAUCCCGUUACUGACUGGGCCCUACAUUGCCGGGCAGCUGAUUGCCCUACGGGGAGGUGAUUACCUGUACGCUCAGUUAUUUGGGGGUAUUUGCAUUGUGACUGGGGCGCUGUUUGUAGUUGGGUCUCACAUGUCGGGUGCCUAA